CAAAAAGUAGUCUAAAAAACAAAUUUCUGAGAACCAGCUCAACUUUUUUCUUUCAUUUUCUUAGCUCCUUCAAGAAAGAAACUCUCUCUCUCUCUCUCUCUCUCUCUCUCUCUCUAAUGGCAGAGACAAAUUCUACCAACACCCAUUGCCAAUCUGCACAAACCCUCCUCAACCCAAUUUCUUGGUCCAACAACAACGUCAUUAUUGGCCCCGACAACAACGACGAUGCAGAUUCCGCCGAUUUGGCUCUUUGCGUUCCGGGUUCGAGAUUGGUUCGUACCGGCUUCGUGCAUUCUACUUCCUCAGCAGGUAACACCAUGUUGUUAGUGAAUGCUGGAGGUGAGGCUCCAAUGGAGAGAAGAGAUUUGGAUAUUCAAGUUCUGAAUGACAGGUUUUUCCAUGGUGGUGAUGUUCUGAGAACUGAUGAAAACAUAGCUGAGGGUGGCAGUAUGCCAUGGAUUUAUCAAUCAGCACGAUUUGGGAACUUCUCUUACCGAUUUGAGAAUAUACCCCCUGGAGAGUAUUUGGUUGAUUUACAUUUUGCAGAAAUCAUAUACACAAAUGGCCCUAAAGGAAUGAGGUUAUUUGAUGUAUUCAUGCAGGAAGAAAAGGUGCUGUCUGAGCUUGAUAUUUAUUCAGUUGUUGGAGCAAACAAGGCGCUGCAGCUGGUAGAUGCUAGAGUUUCAGUAGGGGGGGAUGGGGCAAUUGUUAUAAGGUUUGAAGGAGUUAAUGGAAGUCCAAUUGUUAGCGGAAUUUGUAUAAAGCAGUCAGCAGAUUUUCCUGAUCAGGUUAUUGGAAAAAGAGAAGCAGAGUUUAGAGACCUUUCUAGCAGAUAUGAACAUGAUAAGAGGCAAUGGAAUGCAGUCAUUGAGAAAUUAGAGAGACAAGUUAAGACCAUGAAGCAAGAGCAUACUUUGCUUUCUUAUGAAGCGCGCAAAUGCGCUGAUUCGAUUCCUGAGCUGGAUAAGAUGGUCUCUGCAGUUCAAGCAUUGGUUGCACAGUGUGAUGAUCUUAAAUUGAAGUUCAGUGUGGAGCAGGCAAAGAGAAAGAAGCUUUAUAACCAAAUUCAGGAAGCAAAAGGGAACAUCAGGGUGUUCUGCAGGUGUCGCCCAAUGAGGAAAGAUGAGUUAUCAGCAAGACAUGCAACAGUAGUAGAUUUUGAUGCAGCCCAGGAUGGAGAGCUUGGGAUACUUACAGGUGGCGCCACAAAGAAGAUCUUCAGAUUUGAUCGGGUUUAUACACCAAAAGAUAAUCAAGUUGAUGUAUUUGCGGAUGCUUCACCUGUGGUAGUUUCGGUUCUAGAUGGCUACAAUGUUUGUAUAUUUGCAUAUGGGCAAACAGGGACAGGAAAGACUUUCACAAUGGAAGGUCCUGAGCAGAACCGAGGAGUGAACUAUAGGACCCUGGAACAUCUCUUUAAAAUUGCUGAGGAAAGAAGGGAAACUUUCAUUUAUGAUAUAUCUGUUAGUGUGCUUGAAGUUUAUAAUGAGCAAAUCAGGGACUUGCUGGCUUCCUCACCAGCCUCAAAGAAGUUGGAGAUUAGGCAGGCUUCUGAAGGGGUUCAUCAUGUCCCUGGAAUUGUUGAAGCUAAGGCAGAGAACAUUUCAGAGGUCUGGAGUGUUCUGCAAGCUGGGAGCAAUGCAAGAGCUACGGGAUCAAACAACGUGAAUGAGCAUAGCAGCCGAUCUCACUGCAUGCUUUGCAUAAUGGUAAGAGCAAAGAAUUUGAUGAAUGGUGAGUGUACCAAGAGCAAGCUUUGGCUUGUUGACCUGGCUGGCAGUGAGAGGCUAGCAAAAACUGAAGUGCAAAGUGAUCGGCUUAAGGAAGCUCAAAACAUUAAUAGGUCUCUUUCGGCUCUUGGUGAUGUGAUUUCUGCAUUGGCAACCAAAAACAACCACAUCCCAUACAGGAAUUCAAAGCUCACACAUCUUCUACAAGACUCUUUGGGGGGAGAUUCUAAAACUCUGAUGUUUGUCCAAAUCAGCCCUUCAGAGCAGGAUUUAAGUGAGACCUUAAGUUCAUUAAACUUUGCUACUCGGGUUCGAGGGGUUGAGCUGGGUCCUGCAAGAAAGCAGUCUGAUAUGGGUGAAGUUCAAAAGAUCAAAUCGAUGCUCGAUAAAGUAAAACAAGAACUGAGAUCCAAAGAAGAUGCUUUAUGCAAGUUAGAGGAGACCUUGCACUAUCUAGAAAGUAAAGGAAAAUCAAAGGAUCAGCUUUUCAGAACUCAACAAGAAAAAUUUAUUGAACUCCAAGACCAGUUGGAUUCCAAGACAAAGUUAUGCAGACAGCUGGAAAAGCAGUUACUGGAACUCUCGGAGGAAACAAAGGGAAAGGAAGAAAUUUGCUCAAGUCUUCAGCGAAAGGUAAAAGAGCUUGAGAACAAACUGAUAGAACAUGGGUAUGCGGAGUCCAUGCUACUUCAAAAGAAGGCCAUGCAGGUUGAGCAUGAGAACAACUUGAAAGAAAGGGCGCAAGAGUUUGAGCAUCAGUCAGUGAUACUUAAACAGAAGGUUAAGGAACUUGAAAACAAGCUGAAAAUGAAAGAAGAGGCCAAUGAAAUUCACUUCCUUCAAAAAAAGGUGAGGGAGCUUGAAGGAAAACUUAGACAACAAGAAAAAGAGGGUGAACCACUAACAUUUUCUGUUGAAAAUCUAGGAGCAACCCCCUGUGAAACAAGAUCUUGGCUUAGAGCGGAAACUCCUUUGAGUACAAAAAGGUUGAACUCUAGCAACCAAGUGAUGAACCAGGAAUCUGACUUGCUUAAAGGAACCGACUCUCUUCGUGAGUUAAGGAGAAGAAGAGAGUGGCAAAGCAAAGGGAUUGAGAACAAUAUCUUAUUGUCAAAAACUCCUUUGCCUGAUAGGAAGAUAUUAUCAACUGAUUCAAAAAUUGUAAAGCCUGUUGAUCCAUCAAGAGCAUUGGCAAGGAUUACAAGAAACACUAAGCCAUCAAGUACUGCUUCAAGAGUGAUCUCUAACAACAAAAGCUACAGAGAUCAGGUUCCAGGAAUCAAGUCAAAGAUCUGGUUAAGAUAACUUCGGUUGAUGAAUGAAUCUCUCAACUGGUUAUACUGUGCAUAUGUUUGAUACUUUGUUACACAUAGCUUUAUGGCUGGACGUUAUUUGCAUAGGUUAGCCGUACUAUAUCAAACAGUUCUAUGAUUGCCUUGACUUUGUCUGAGGCUGGAAAAGCAGUAAUAGGAGAUAAACUUUUCAAAUCUUUUUUUUUUUUUUUUUUGUUGGUUGUAUAUGUAUAGCUAGUAAUAAGAGUGCUGUGUGAACGAGUUGAAUGAGUUGACGCGGGGGAUUUUCAUAAGAAAAUUUCAGUUUUAUAAAUUUUCAGAGUUA